AUGCAGCGGCAGCCGCUCGAGCGUGUGAGCAAGCGCAGACGUCGAUACAGUUGCCGCCUACGCCGAAUUGUGCUGGACGCGUCCUGGAGCGCUGCAGACUUCGGCAGCAGCAACAGGCUCAAGGCGCAAAAACUCGGCUACGCUCGCCGCUUCCAUUCACAUUGCAUAGCUGCAAGGAACGGCCAGUCCCAGGUAUACUGUACUACGGAAUUCCGAACCAUGUUUCCCAUGCCGAGCAGCUUGGUGCAGCGGAAAAGGUCCGUGGUGAUCGCGAUGAAGUAA